GACCUUGAGUGAGUCACGUAGCUUCUCUAGGGCUGGUUUUCUCACUGGUGUAGUGGGGAUCAUAAUGGGCCUUACCUCAGUGGUUUGUUGUGUGAUAGAAAUGAUGCCUGUGAGUGCCUGAAAGGCACUGGGCACAGGGCAGCCCCCACAACCCCAGCUACCAUGAGAUUCCCAAGCCAUACACUUACGAGGCCAGAGAGGGAAAGCCAGCUGUAAGCACGGCCAAGGGCAAGUGGCUCCCAUUUGAUGUUAGCUGUGAAAAGGUUGAAGGGUUCAGCUCCGCCUGCACCAUGAGGCACCUGUGAAGCAGGAGUGGAUACAGACAACCAGAAAUGGAAAGUGAUGACGCUGGAGCCCUGGAAGAACCGGAAAUGAGGCCAGACAAACUCGCAGAAACGAAUGAAGAAAGUCCAUUAUUACAGGUUCUGUCCAGCCAUGUGACUUUCCUGGUCCCAGCACACAGCCCGGAGGCCUUUGUCCAUGCCGUCAGCAGCAUUCAACACGUACCUGCGGAGGGAUCUCAAGUUCCAAGGGCCAUGGACACACUCACGUCUGAGCAGGGCAGUGACACCCUCAGUUCCCCAGCCCAAACCAUCCUGCCCAAGCCUGGGGACUUUCUCAAUUCCUCAGCAAAAACCACACCAUCGGAGCAGGCUAAUACCCCUGAUUCCCCAGAAAAAAACAUCCUGCCCAAAGAGGGUGACAUUUUCAAUUCCUCACCCCAAACCGUCUUGCCCAAGCAGACUGACACCCCUGAUUCCUCAACCCAAACCAUUUUACCAAAGCAAGGUGACACCCCCAAUUCCCCUGAAAAAAACAUCCUGCCAAAAGAGGGUGAUAAUCUCAAUUCCUUACCCAAAACCAUCCCACCCAAACAAGGUGACACUACCAAUUCCCCUGAAAAAAUCAUCUCAUCCAAGCAGGGUAAUACCCACAAGCUCUCAGCCAAAACCAUUCUGCCCAAACAGGACGAAACCCCAAAGUUCUCAACCAAAACCGUACAGCCCACGGAGGCUGACAUCCUCAAGUCCGCAGAGGAAACCAUGCAGCCCACAGAGGCUGACACCCUCAAGUCCCCAACUCAGUCCAUACCAUCCAAGCAGGGUGACACCCCAGAGUCCUCGGCCAAAACCAUGCAGCCCACAGAGACUGACACCCCCAAGUCCCCAACUCAAACCAUCCCAUCUAAGCAGGGUGACACCCCACAGUUCUCAGCCAAAACCACACAGCCCAUGGAGACUGACACCCCCAAGUUCCCAACCCAAACCAUGCCAUCCAAGCAGGGUGACACCCCAGAGUUCUCGGCCAAAACCACGCAGCCCACAGAGACUGACACCCCCAAGUCCCCAACUCAAACCAUCCCAUCUAAGCAGGGUGACACCCCACAGUUCUCGGCCAAAACCAUGCAGCCCACGGAGACUGACACCCCCAAAUUCCCAACCCAAACCAUGCCAUCCAAGCAGGACGACACCCCAAAGUUCUCAGCCAAAACCAUGCAGCCCACGGAGACUGACACCCCCAAGUUCCCAACCCAAACCAUGCCAUCCAAGCAGGACGACACCCCAAAAUUCUCAGCCAAAACCGUGCAGCCCAUGGAGACUGACACCUCCAAGUCCCCAACCCAAACCAUCCCAUCUAAGCAGGACAACACCCCAAAGUUCUCAGCCAAAACCAUGCAGUCCACGGAGGCCAGCACCCCCAAGUUCCCAACCCAAACCAUUCCACCUAAUGAGGCAGAUGCCCCCAAUUCCCCAGAAAAAACUACCCUCCCAAAAGAGGGUGACAUUCUCAAUUCCCCCACUAAAAUCAUCCCACCCAAGCAGACUGACACCCCCAAUUUCUCAGCGAAAAUCAUUUCACCCAAACAGGCUGGCACCCCCCGUUCCCUGGAAAAAACCGUCUCACCCAAGCAGGGCAAUACCCCCAGUUUUCCAUCAAAACUCAUUUUGCACAAACAGGGUAAUACCCGCAAGCUCUCAGCCAAAACGAUUCUGCCCAAGCAGGAUGCCACCCCAAAGUUCUCAGCCAAAACCAUUCUGCACAAGGAAGCUGACACCCCCAAGUCCGCAGAGGAAAUCGUCCAGCCCAAGGAGGCCGACACCCCCAAGUCCGCAGAGGAAAUCGUCCAACCCAAGGAGGCCGACACCCCCAAGUCUGCAGAGGAAACCGUGCAGCCCAAGGAGGCUGAGACCCCCAAGUCUGAAGAGGAAACUGUGCAGCCAAUAGAAGGCGACAUCCUGAAGCCGACAGAAGACAUGGAGCUCCUGGAGGUGGACCUGGUGAAGGUGAUCCUGACCAAGGAAGACUUCGACGUGGCGCUGAAGGAAGCCGGCGAGAGGCUGGUGGCCGUGGACUUCUCAACCACAUGGUGCAGGCCCUGCAGGGCCAUGAAGCCCAUUUUCCGAUCCCUGUCUGUGAAGCACCAGGACGUAUUGUUCCUGGAAGUGGACGCCGAUGAGUGUGAAGAGCUGGUGAAAGACCUCAAGAUCGUUUGCAUCCCAACUUUUCACUUUUAUAAAAAAGAGGAAAAGGUGGGCGAAUUUUCUGGCGCCCUUAAGGAAAAGCUGGAAGCGACCAUCACCGAAUUAAAGUGA